ACAACAUUCCUCCUCUAAAGUCCCGUAUGAGGACCAGCGGAGACACUAGAGCCACCCCGGUCACUGCAGUUUCUCUUUAACGUAAGACGCACUUUCCCCCGGCCGUUCUUCGUGUUAGGGAGUCCAGCGAGUCACGGAGACAUCCUGUUUUUCUAGCUCACACAUCGCCAUUACACCCGGAGCUCGAACCGACAGACGGUAAAAAUGGAUGCAGGAAAUUCUGAACAAAAGGCGAUCACUCUCAUCAUAAAGACGCCCAACCAGGCUCAGGAGGACCGGACCAUCGAGGGAGUGAGCCUGCAGUGGACCAUAAAGGAGCUGAAAGCGCACCUGUCCGCUGUCUACCCGACCAAACCGGCUGUGAGUGACCAGAGGCUGAUCUACGCUGGCAAACUGCUGCCUGAUAACCUGCACAUUAAUGGACUCUUCAUACAGACAGACUCAAUUCCCACACUGCACCUGGUGUGUGCUGUUAGGAAUCCUGCCCAGGGACCUCUGGGAGCCAGACCCAAGGCCAAAGAGCCACAUUCCUCCAGUCCACAGCCCACGCCAGCCCAGACUCCCAGCCCACCAGAGCUGCGGCAGAGGAGGCCGGCCUCCGCAGCUCCAGCCCACACACAGACUCCAGUGUCUCCUCCACAGACUCCUGUGUGGUCUCCUGCUGCCAUGACUGGAGCUCCUCAGAUGACCCAGCCAACCUUUCCCACCUACUCCCUGUACAGCCCCCAGCAGCUGCUGUGGCUCCAGCAUGUCUACGCUCGACAGUAUUAUAUGCAAUACCAUGCAGCUUUAGCAGCAGCAGGCAGCAUUCCCACAACAGCUCCAACCAUUGGCCAGUACCCUCCUGUUCCCGCCCACCAAGUACCCGUCCCUGCCCCGCUAGCUGAUCAGAACCCCAUCAACAACCUGCCAGCCAAUCAGAAUCCAGUGCAGGAUGGUGCUUUCAUCAACCCAGGGGAGGCCAACCAGAACAUGCGGAUGAACGCGCAGGGCGGAGCCGUUGUGGAGGACGAGGAGGGCAUGGAGCGCGAUUGGCUGGACUGGUUGUACUCUGCUGCAAGAUUCGGGGUCCUGAUGAUGAUCGUGUACUUCAACUCCAACCUGAGCCGCUUCCUGCUGGUGAUGGGCACCCUGCUCCUCAUGUACCUACACACCGUUGGCUGGUUUCCCUUCAGAAGGAGAGUGCAGGUCCCAGAACCCAACCAGCUGCAGCCCCCCGAGAACCAGCAGAACCAGAACAGGAACCCAAACCUGAAUCCAGCAGGUGAGCACGCCGACAGACAGCAGGACGAACCAGCAGCUGAAGGAUCAGAGGGAACGAUGACAGCGGUGUUAGUGCCUCCUCACCGAGUGUCCGUCAUGUGGACAGCCUGGGUUUUCUUCAAAACCUUCUUCUCCUCCCUCGUACCCGAGGCCGCUCAGGCUGUGGCCUAACUGAACAUCUGGGACGGAGGACUGAUUGCAGGCAGUUCCCGCUCUUCUGUCAUCUCUGGAGAUGUUUCCUGAAGCGUGGGUGGAAGGCGUUUACCGAAUAAUAAAUGGACGCAGACAGAGCGCUGCACCUCAGUGCUCCGAGUUCCUGUGUGACUUUGAUCUUUCAAGUGAGCGGGAAGCAAACCACACCAGCAAGAUUCCCAAGAACUGCCAAAAAAUGUGGACAGAAUCAAAAGAUGCAAGACCUGAAAAUAUAUUAAUAAAUCCUCCAACAGGAUCCCAGCUGACCUGACCACAUGCAUCCACUGCCUGUCACCACCCCCCCACCCUGAUCGUUCCCUCCUUUUGUCCAUUAAAGUGGCAGCAGGUGCCGAUAAUCCUCCUGAAAGCUGAAACUGUUGUGCCUAAAACGCUCUUCAUGUAACGACGUUUACAUCCACAUGCCUUCUGAUUUAAAAUCAUGUGUCACGCUGUGGUCACUGCGUGGCCCGACUCCGUGAAUCAGUAUUCGGAUCAUCCGAGGACGCGUGGGUGCACGGGUGUCUGUAACACUCAGACGGACUGAAACGCUCGCCUCUUCCGAAAGCGGCUAAACUUAUCUUCGCAUUGAAUUUUUUAAAUCAGGGUGCUCAAAAUGAUCAGACAA